CUCUCCUUGGGGUAUUUAGCACCAAUUUAUGUUUUCCAAAUGGAACGACAACCUACUGAGUUGCAGUUAGAAAAUCUGUAUAAAUAGUUUGCCUCGAUCCGGAUUCUUCAUCAGUCGCAAUUCGAUUGUCUAGAAGCAAAUCUCAAAAAAUCAAAAUGAAAUUCUUCGUUGUAUUGUUCGCCUUCAUCGCCGCUGCUUCAGCUGGUUUGCUCGCCCCAUAUCCUGAUGCUGCCGUCCUUUCCGUCCAUGAAUCCGCCUCCCCAUUGAUCACCACCCUCCACCAUACCGGAGCCGUUGUUGCCCCAGCUGCUGCCAUCACCUAUGCCGCCCCAGCUGUCUAUGCUGCCCCAUCUUACGGUUAUGCUCAUGGAUACGGAAUCCCAAUCUGGAGGAAGAAGCGCGCAGAACAAUAAACGAUUUUGAUUAAUAAAUUAUAAAAAAAAUA